AUGAGAAAAUUGUUUAUACUCUGGCUGCUGGCAUUAACAUUGCUCGUGACGGCUGUAAGUGGUGAUGGGAAAAAGAAGUCCAGUUCGUUUGAAGAAAGUGGAGGUGCUGAACAUGGUGGUGAACAUCAUUCGAAAAAAGGGGAUAAAGGUGAUAAGGGCUACGAAAAUAAGCAUGGCUUAGAAAAGUCCGAAAAAGGUAGCAAAGGCAAGGAAGAACAUGAAUCCCACUAUGGCGAGGAGGGUGGCCAUAAGAAGGAAAGUCACGAUCAAGGCGAUCAUUACAAAAAGCAUCAUGAGGAAAAAAAAGGAUCGAAGCACGGCAAGAAGGGUCACAAAAAAGGUCACAAAAAGGGUUCCAAAACCACCGGCUACCAUCACAAAUCUCACAAGGAUGACUAUCAUAAGGAGCAUAAAUUCUAUGACGAUCAUCAUAAGGAAGGUCAUCAUAAAAAGUUCGGCGAUUUUCAUGAAUUCCAUAAAAAGAGCGGAGGAGAUCAUAAGAAAGGUAGCCAUCACGAGUCCGCACAUAAGGAGGACAAGUUUGCCAAGAAAGGUCACACUGAUAAAGGGCACUUCGAUGAUGAACACAAGGGAUGGAAACACAAACACGGGCACGAUUCACACUAUUCCCACAAGGAUGAGUUUGGCAAAAAAGGUGGAAAAUCUGGAGGCAGUGAACACGGAUUUAAAAAAGGCGAUAAAAAACAUUAA